GCGACCAACACUCUCGUUCUCAAAACGAAGUGUGGACAGACGUAUCGCGUACCUUUCAUAGGUACCACGRCGACACCACGCCCYGAUMCUCCUCCCCCGKAGCCUUCAGUGCCCACACCAUCUCCCUCUAUCACUGUCAYCUCRCCUCUGCAGUUCGCUCACUUCAUUCGACAGGACGACGUCACCUUCUUUAUGGUGGACGUGACGGAUCUCUUACACUAUGAUCCACCCUGUCCCGACGCCGAGCUCAUCCCUCUGGAGCCAGAUCCUCCCUCUAUCUCCAUGGCUCCCAUCUCUACUUCCGUCCCUCCGCCGUCCGUCAAGUCCACCCCGCCGUCGCGCGCUGACGCUGACACUGAGGAACUCGCACGAUAUACGGCUGACUUGGAGCCCGCAGUUCGUGACCUCAUCCGAGAGUACCACGACAUUUUCCCAUCGUCGUUCUCGUACGCCGGCAUCCCACCGAUGCGUGACGUCGAGCACUCCAUUCAGCUUGUGCCUGACUAUCGUGUUCACCACCAGACACCCUACAGACUCUCUAUCCCCGAGGCCACCGAACUCAAGCAUCAACUUGAGGAGCUCCUGAGACUGGGUUUCAUUAAACCCAGCAACUCCCCGUGGGGUGCACCCGUCCUCUUUGCUCGGAAAGCGGAUGGAACUCUUCGUCUCUGCAUCAACUACCGCGGCCUCAACCGCUACACGAUUAAGAACAGCUACCCCAUGCCUCGUUCCGAUGAGCUGUUCGACCGCCUAGCAGGCAACCGCUUCCUUAGGAAGAUUGAUCUUCGUAGCGGUUACCAUCAGAUCCGCGUCGCUGCAGCCGACCAACCGAAGACCGCAUUCCGAUCGCGAUUCGGCCACUACGAGUUCACGGUAAUGCCAUUCAGCCUCACCAACGCACCCGCUACCUUCCAGAGGGCGAUGAACGACAUCUUCAGGGACAUCCUGGAGCAGUACGUUCUCGUCUACCUCGACGAUAUCCUGGUCUAUAGUCGUACUCUUGAGGAGCACCUCAAACACCUCCGCGACGUCCUUGACCGCUUGCGCAAACAUGGUUUCUACGCCAAGCUAAGUAAGUGCCGCUUUGCCCAACACAAAGUGGAUUUCUUAGGACACUACGUGUCUGACCAGGGUCUCCACAUGGACGACGCGAAGAUGACUGCUAUUGCGGAGUGGCCCGCUCCCACAUCCGCCAAGCAGCUUCGCAGCUUCCUAGGCCUAACCAGCUACUAUAGUAACUUCAUCCGGGGAUACGCUAGGUAUUCCUACGUCCUUACCUCCACCCUCCUCCGGAAGAACCCACCCUGGGCUUGGACACCCCUCCACGAGGACGCCUUCCGCGCCCUCAAGAACGCGGUGACAUGCGCACCGGUUCUUCACCUACCCGAUUUUGACCGCCCUUUUAUCCUUACCACCGAUGCGUCAGAUUUCGCUGUAGGAGCAGUCGGUGAUGAUGUGCUUAUCGACGCCCGCCACUUACAGCUCGAAGCGGACACGCUUCGCAAGUUUCGACGUCGCUUCUUUAGCCCAUGCCGCAUCCUCCAGGCCGUCGGUUCUGAUACGGCAUCUAGCCCGGUCAGCUUCCGUGUGAAGCUGCCCGACUACCUACGCCAGGCUCGUGUGCAUGAUGUCUACCACGUCUCGUUACUACGUCCUUACCGCAGACCGUCUGAGCGUUUCGCUGGACGACCAUACGAGCGCCCUCCACCCAUCAUGGUGGACGGCCACGAGGAGUUCCUCCUUUCAGACAUCAUUGGUCGCCGAGUCACCGACGACAACCCUCCCCACGUCGAGUAUCUCGUACGUUGGAAGGGUUACCCUGAUGAGGAGGCUACCUGGGAGCCCCUCGAGGACUUGSAGCAYGCUCGCAUGUUGGUGCGUGCCUAUGACCGUGCUCGUCGUGCUGGGUUCACUGCUCCUCCUCAGCCCACKGACCCUCCUCCUUCUCCUYCGGCUGAGGAKACCGCUGAAGUUGAGCCUGCUCCAUCUGAGGCAGACCUUYWGCAGCAGCCGRAUGCUUCUGAGCGUCCACAGCGCACUCGUCGUCRUCCUGCUCGAUACGACGGUUGACUCUGACUUACCUUCCCACGUCUUUGACUUCUCAGUACUCCAUCCACAUC